GUAUUGUUGUGCAGCGCGGCUGGCGGGUGGGGGUGGCAGAGGACGCCGUCGGCGGGUAUAAAGUUGCCGGGGCUGCCGGCUCGGACAUCAGUCAACUCUCAGUGAUCUGCUCAGCUCUACAGCAGCAGCAGCACCAGCAGCCUUCGCCCAGCCCAAGAGGAACCUUACUGUUUCGCCAUGAGAACGAUCGUCGCCGUCCUCCUGCUGGUGGCCGCCGCGGCAGCGCGGCCGCAGGGCGCCGCCUCCGGCCCCACGCCCAUCCCCAUCCUGCGCUACGACAACCCCGGCGUCAACUUCGACGGCAGCUACCAGUGGGCCUACGAGACCGCCAAUGAGAUCCAGGCGGAGGAGAAGGGCUACCUGAAGAACGCGGGCAACCCCGAGGCGGAGGCGCAGACCGCCGAGGGCCGCUUCGCCUUCACCGACCCCGAGGGCAACCGCUACGAGGUGACCUACGUGGCGGACGAGAACGGCUUCCAGCCGCAGGGCGCGCACCUGCCCACGCCGCCGCCCAUCCCAGAGGCCAUCGCGCGCGCCCUCGAGUACAUCGCCGCGCACCCCGAGGAGAACGAGGGCGCCGGCAGCGCGCCGCAGCCCUCCGUGGCCAAGCCCAACCGACGGUACUAGGCCCCGCCCCCCUCCCCGCU